AUGAAAAUUGUCCAAUUUACCGACACUAAUGUGGACUACCUGUUGGCCAACACAGAUCUCAAAGUAGUUGUAUAUACGGGUCAAUUGGAUCUAAUAGUGGACACAUUGGGAACACUUAAUUGGGUUCAUUCGCUCAAAUGGCCAGAAUUGAAGAACUGGGAAACAGCAAAGAGGCAACAAAUGAGCGGCGGUUACGUUAAGACACAUAAGAAUUUCUCUCUCUAUUGGAUUAUCAAAGCCGGACAUAUGGUUCCCACCGAUGCUGGAGACACAGCCCUCGCAAUGCUUCACAAAAUCAUUCAGUCAUAG